AUGACUGCAGAGGGAAGUGUCUCAUCGGCUGUCGUCUCAUGUGAACAUCGACAUAAGAAGAGUUUAUUUAAAUCGAAGGAUGUUCGUAAGAAGUUGAAGUUGAACAAACGUCUAUGCGAAGAAUGUGAGCGGAAUGCGAAGAAUGGGAUAACAAAGGAACCACCUAACGUAUACGAUGAUCAUUUAAGUGUGGAUGGAGUGUUCAUCUGCGUGUCUUGUGGAUACUUAACAUGUUUAACUCAUUCCAAAAAGCAUUGGGAAGCUGUUCGAACCGGGGACAAGCAUCCACUGUUGUUCAACCUCGACAACUCCGAAAUGCGGUGCCAAGCUUGUGAUGUCGUACUCAAUCCACUAGAUGAUCCUCAAGACUUAAUCAAGUUAUUUUAUAAUGAGUACAGAUGCUUUGCAAAAAAUAGGCCCGAACCUAAAUCGAUUAGGAACGAAGUGAAAAAGCAGUUGUCAUCGUCUGGAACGGGUCUGAUAAACUUGGGAAAUACUUGUUUUUUCAACAGUGUAAUGCAAUGUAUGAUGCAUACUCAUCACCUUACCUAUUAUUUUAAUCGAUUCGGUAAAGUUAAAUCUUUAAAAUUUCGUCGGAAGCAAACUGUUAUCGUCAACGAAGUAAAGAUUGAGCUAGAGCCAGUGACUAUCAGUGUACCUAUGGAAAGAACCCCACUCAAUUCAGUUCUUCGAGGAUUUAUCGCGGAAUUCUAUUGUGGUGCAACACCUUCACCUGGCCCGGUAUAUCUGUUGGAUGGUUUACGAAGUGAGGAGCUAGAGAUAUACAGGUCCGGUAUAUCAUCGUACUUUGGUAUAUCUUCAAGAGCAAACAAAAUUAUUGGCCAAGAGACGGUUCUUUUAGCAAAAGGCUAUCUUCAAGCAGCUGGACGGCCUCUUCUUGACAUGGUAUUUGGUGGUACCCUUUUACAAACGAUACUAUGUUCCGAAUGUGGUCAUGUAAGCGAGCGACAUGAGCAGUUCCUUGACCUCUCCAUUCCGGUGUCCUUGAACAGCUCUGGUCGCCUUUUAGCCGGACCUUCUGCAACUAGCUUGUCCACUAAGCGUCAACAGAACGGAAACAAGGUACGACGAAAAGGAAACCGAAGAAUUCUUCCUCAAAACAAUGAAUUAAAUGAAGAACACCGGUCGUGCUAUGAGGAAAACGGACAGUGUUCGGAUGAUGAAAUGGAGCGCUUGGCUGCGGGAAUAAACAGGCUAGAUUUCACAAAAGUUUUCGCUCGUCCACCACCGGAGUACACGAAUGGAGAUUGCAGUGUUGGAUCGUGUAUGCUAGAGUUUACUGCUGCUGAAAAGUUAGAAGGCGCUAACGCUUACGAGUGCGAGAAAUGUUGUGUUCCGCGUAACAAAAGGUGGGCAGUCAAAAGAAACGUGUUUGUGCGUUUAAACGUUACCUUGUGUAUGAGCCUCCUGCUGUGCUUACACUUCAUCUCAAAAGGACGAACUUCAACAAGAAAAAUCAGUGGUCAUGUCUUUUUCCCGGUCAUGUUUGACAUGGCGCCCUUCUGCUGUAGGAAUGUUGAGCGGAUAUCAUCCGGGGAGAAACGCUUGUUAUACUCAUUGUAUGGUGUAGUCGUUCAUUCCGGCGGUCUUUCUGGAGGACACUACAUUGCAUACGUUAAGAGUCGUCACCGACUGAAACAAGCGCACGCCUUCUUGGAAUCUGCACGAUCAACUUGUGUUGAUUCAUUGUCUUCUCAAAUAGAUUCUAGUAUAGAUAAACUUCAUGGAGAACCCGAAUUGCCGAAUGAUGGGCAAUGGUAUUACUGUAGUGAUAGUCAAGUAUUACCCGUAGCAGAGAACCGUGUUCUUUCCGCUGAAGCUUAUAUUCUAUUCUAUGAACGGGUAUUGUAG